AAAGGCAAUACAUUUCCUCCAGUUCUUUGUAAGCUGAUACGAAGUAGACAGACACCUUCUGAAGUUUUGUGCAUGCUGUGCUCUUUUUUUCUUUGCUGCAACAAGAAAAGUCUUUCCUUUUAACCUGGCUUACUUUGAAGAAGUAACUCAGGAAGCUUCAUGGCCUCUCAAGAAUCUCAACAACAAACAACCACAGUCUUUAAGGAUUACCUCCCUGGUUCUUCUGGCCUUCCUGAACAAGAUAAGCCUGUUGAACCCACAAGCCUCUGGAAGCAAACAUCACAUGCUCAUAACUUGCCACCUGGUCUGGAGUAUCUGAAUCAGCUGGACCGGAUAAUUAUUCAUCAGCAGGUGGAGCUCCUUGAAGCCAUACUUGGCACAGAAACCUGCAGCAAAUAUGAGAUAAAAAACCAUUUGGGACAAAGAGUUUACUUUGCAGUGGAAGAAAACGGUUGCUUUGAUCGUAACUUGUGUUCGCCUAUAAGGUCUUUCACCAUAAGGAUUGCUGAUAACUCAGGCCAAGAAGUGAUUACAGUGAAUAGACCCUUGAGAUGCAGCAGCUGCUGGUUCCCCUGCUUCCUGCAAGAGCUAGAAGUGCAGUCCCCCCCAGGUACAAUAGCUGGGUAUGUUGUACAGAACUGGGACCCUUUUCUGCCUAAGUUUACUAUACAGAAUGAAAGCAAAGAAGAUGUCCUAAAAAUAAUUGGCCCGUAUGCAACCUGUGGCUGUUUUGAAGAUGUUGAGUUUGAGGUAAAAGUUCUCAAUGAAAUGUCAACCAUUGGCAAAAUUUCCAAGUACUGGUCUGGAUUUGUAAACAAUGUCUUUACCAACACUGCCAACUUUGGGAUCCAGGUCCCAGUAGAUCUUGAUGUGAAAAUCAAGGCAGUGAUGAUUGGUGCAUGUUUUCUCAUUGACUUAAUGUUCUUUGAAAACUCUCUGGAUGGAUUAUAACAGGAUGACAGAAACAAUAAAAUAUGCAGAAUGUGUUUCAAAAUCCCUUGAGCUUUGGACAUUAUUUUGAACUGCACAAAUCCUUGUUCCAUACAGGAAAAGAAAGGGAGCUAAUGAUGCUGUUUAUUAAAAUAUCUCUCAUGUAAAUAAUAAUUUUGCCAUGUAUGCAUUGUAGCUAAACAUAUACUUUUCCCACAGAGCACUGUUGCUUUGGAACAGUGCUAUUUUCUUUCCCUUUUGAUGUUUCUGCAUGGGAAAUCAUGAAAGAUUAGACGAAGACUUGCAGCAUCACUGAUGAAAGUCUGUGUUUAAAGAACCCUUUGAUGCUCUGUGAGUUAUGCUACCAGUUACUAACCACAUCAAGGUGUGUUGUGUGGGUUUUGCUUUUGCUUUUCAUAAUUUUAGAAGUAAUUUUCUGAUUUGUAAUUUAAUUAAUAGCAACAAACUGAGUUUGAGAGCAACAAAUAUAAAGACAUCACCCAAUGUGAACUUCAA